UUUUCUAUAGAUGUGUCAAAAAUUGUUUAGAACGAAAUGUCAAAAUGCAAUGAAGUACAUCAAAACUCGAAGAGAAAAUGAAAAUAAUGGGAAAACAUCAAACGCAACAAAAUGAAUAACCAGAGUAAAAUGAUAAACAAGAAAUUUUUCCAACAAGAAAUGAACAGAAUUUCAAAGUACAUAUCUACCAGCGAAACAAACGUUGUUGGCGAAAAGGACAUUGUACACGAAAUGUACAUUAUACAGCAGAUAAGCAAAGAAGAUUUGGAAAAUAUAGGACCCAUUAUAGAACGCAACUUUCAAUUAGACAAAAUCGUUAAAGAUUUAGAGUCGAAGAAGCAGGUUGAACAUUUGAUUGAGUGUGAUGUCAAAACCUCCAAAUGCAUGGACUGUAUAAAAAGAGUUAUAGGAAAUGAAGAAAAACUAGAUAGUCCCGCAAGAUUAGAAGAUUUCCUCUACAACUAACAUACAAUGAAUUAUCAAAUUUGUACAUUAUAAAGAUUAUACACUGAUAUAUUUUCAACUAGGUCAUAACUAAUUAGU